AUGUCUAGAAUCAUCCGCCGACUCAUCUCUUACAUUGGCAAGUGCUCACUGAACGACUUCCCAAACCCAAGCCACGCGACUCUUGUUGAUACCUACUGUAGCGACCAAGAGAAAAGGGAUCCUCGGAUCAAGUAUGCGAGCAUUGAAGGAACCGAAUUCCAUACAUCCCACAAAGACAAAACCGAUCCCAAGAAGGUUCUUACCAUCAAGUUCCUUGAUGAAUCGAAGAGGAGAGUAGGAACGGGACAUCUGCACGAAGAUGGUACCUCCAAGUUCCGUUACAAACAAAAGCCUCCUGCCGAGUCACAAGACGGCGGAUUUGAGCAGACUUGA